GCGGCGGCAGCAGCGGUGGUGGUGCAGAGGUGCAGCGGUGGUGGUGCAGCGGCAGCAGCAGCGGUGGUGCAGCAGUGCAGCGGUGGUGGUGCUGCAGCAGCAGCAGUGGUGGUGCAGCAGUGCAGCGGUGGUGGUGCAGCGGCAGCAGCAGCGGGUGUCAGCUGUGCAGCAGCACCCCAGAGUAGCAGUAUUCUGUCGCUGCUGCGAGACAAACCACUCAACCAAAUCGUUAAAAUUAAUGGCUGGGUGAAGGGCUUGCGGCGACAGAAGGAACGAACCUUUAUCGAUGUUGAUGAUGGUUCCUGCAUCUACAAACUUCAGGUGGUAUUGUCAUCGGAGAAGCGACCAGCAGACCUGGGGUUCCACGCAGCAGUGUCAGUGACUGGUGUCUUGCGUUCGUCGUCCCAUGAAAGGCAGGAUGUGGAGUUGGUUGCAGAUGAUGUACAGGUUGUGGGCAGCAGGGUACACGAGACAUACCCGUUCAAGGCACGCAAGGUCCAUGUUCCAGAGUACGUGCGUCAGUAUCCUCACCUUCGAGCACGAACCAGUUCCUUCGCCUCACUGCUGCGUGUACGCUCGCAGACCAAGAUGGCAAUACACCAGUACUUACAGAAGGAAGGUUUUGUCAAUGUUGAUACUCCAGUGUUGACAACCAACGACUGUGAGGGCGGCGGUGAAGUCUUCACUGUUCAGCAUCUCAGCAGCAGCAGUGGUGAUGGCAGCAGUAAUGAAAGCAACACCAGCAACAGCAGCAGUAGUGUCGGCACUGCCAGCAGCAGUAGUGUUGGCACUGCCAGCAGCAGUAGUGUCAGCACUGCCAGCAGCAGCAGUGUCAGCACUACCAGCAGCAGCAGUGCCAGCAGUGAUGCAUCAAAGAUGACCAAUUACUUUGGACGUAGGACCCAUCUGACAGUCUCUGGCCAACUGCAUCUCGAAGCCCUCGCCUGCGGACUGUGGAAGGUGUACACCAUCAACCCGGCGUUCCGAGCAGAGAACGCCAACACUCGCAGACACUUGGCUGAGUUCUGGAUGGUGGAAGUUGAGGAGGCCUUUGUGUCCAGUGAUGACCACCAGGAAGGAGGUGGUGGCAGUGGCGGCGGAGGUGGUGGAGGUGACAGCGGAGGUGGAAGUGGAGGUGGCAGUGGCCUACACUCCUUGAUGGACAGACUCGAGGCUCUGGUCAAGACAUCAAUCCAGAAUGUGAUUGAUGCUCGACCAGACGACAUCGCGGCACACUGGAGCAAGAAUACUGCCACUCAGGAGAGAGUUAUGAGAGCACUGGACCGACCCUUCACACGCUUGUCCUACACUGAAGCACUCACCAUACUUGAAGAACAGAAGUGCUCAGUGCAGGGGAGUGCCUCAGUGUUUGGCAGUGACCUCUCACGGGACCAGGAACUGAGGUUAACUAGGCACCUGGGUGACACCCCGGUCAUCCUCACUCACUUCCCUGCUGAAACUAAACCUUUCUACAUGUGUCACUGUCACCACGACCCCAAGCUGGUGUUGGCUGUUGACUUGCUGUUACCUGGGGUUGGAGAGGUUGCUGGUGGAGGAGUGAGGGAGAACAAUGUGGCUGUCCUCCACCAUCGUCUCCAACAACAACAACUCUUGGAGACACUGGGGUGGUACCUGGAGUUGCGAAGACUGGGUGGCUGUCCGCCCACCGCUGGCUUUGGUCUCGGCUUCGAGCGACUGCUUCAGUUCAUGCUGGGCAUCAGCAACAUUAAGGAUACCAUAGCAUUUCCCCGGUGGUCGUACCAUUGUUUGUGCUGAACAAUUACAAACUAGCAGCCAAUAUGUUGCGAUGAAUGACUGUCAAUGAACAAUCACAAGAUUGAACUAUGACCCAUCACUCUACUACUUAACCACAAAGCUUACAAUAUACUUCACUGUACCACUAUAUUGGGCACAUUAUAUGUUUUGUGGUACAAUGCUGGGCUUGCUACCUGUCAAUACCAAGGUCCAUUGGUACCAACACUUAUGUGGAUGUGAAGUGUGGGUUUUAAACAGAGUCAGGAGGAGGUAGUCAAGAUGUCAGGUUUGAUGUGCAAUGUGACUACAUAUUAUGUAGAGAAUUCAGUGUAGAACUUCAAAGGUGAUGUAGGGUUGACCAAGGGUAUAAUUAUUAUUACAAUUAAAACUAAGUGCUAAACCCACAAGGUCAUACAGCACUGCAGGGCAGGAUGUGCUAAAGGUGAAAUACCUAAAGAUUAGAGACAAGUGAGGAGUAUGCAAGAGGCAGUGUCAGUAAGAGUAGUGGGCAGUGUUAAAGGGGAAAAUAUACUGUAUCUUAAAACAUUAAAGACAAAUUUUCAAAAAUGUCUCAAAAAUUUACCCAGCAUCUUGGAGGCCGAAGAUUACAUUGCUCUUAAGCCUCAACCUAAGCCUAGUGAAGUGUUUCAAUGUGUUAGGUAAGACACAUAUGCAACAGUUAGGUAUCUUUAUUUCGAAAUAAAGAUACCUAACUGUUGCAUAUGUGUCUUACCUAACAAUCUGUCGGUAUUUUAUACCAUUUUAAUGUUCAUCGAAGUGUUUCAAUACUAGACAGUAAUCUAACUUCUGUAUAUGACCCAAUAAUGAAUCAUGGAAGUAUUUUGUAUAAAAUAAUGAAUGAAAAAAUA